GCAACCAAGAAUCAGUUGGGCUAAGCCCCUGAGCCCCAACUGUCAGAAGAGACCUAAGUCUGAGGUGGAGGCCGGGAAUUUGGGGCUGUGGCUGGGGUCCCUGAGGCAAGUGAUUUGAAGAAGAAACUGAGCGUCUGCGGGAGCCGGUGGCGCCCUGCGUGGGUGCAGCUGUCCCUAAAGAGGCAGGUGGUUCCUCAGAAGGCCAUGGAAUCCUCCACCGGGCUUGGGAUGCCUUUGCCCAAAUACUGCAGCGUGGCCACAACUCUGAAGGCGUCUGGCUGGGACCAUGCUGCUCCACUCUGGGACCUCUCCUUCACCUGCCCCUUUGCCCUUCGAGCGCCCUGGCUCACCAGGCACGAGCCUCUUACAAGGUGUGCCUCUUAUCACCCGUGUCUCCACUGUGCUGACCCAGCGUGGCAGGGGCCUGGCUGGCUGGGAAGAGCUGGAGAUGCUGACACACGGGUCCUGGCAAGAAGGGAACCAGACGGCUGUUAUUACCGGGCUCAGAUAAAGGCCGCUCCAGAGAUGGAGAGACAGGGGACCCUGCUUGUGGAAUACAAGGCUCCACUAGUCACAGGCACAGAGGGGCCAGCUCGCCAACAGAGUGUGGUCUUAGAAGAAGACGUCAUUCGGCUCUCACCAUCUGUGGGAUACGUACUGCACCUGGGGGACAAGGUGCUAGCGCCCUGGGAGCCAGACCGACAGCGAUAUGGCCCUGGCACUGUUGUCUUGAGCUUGGAGGCAGGAGACCCCCAGAGAGCACCAAAGGAAGAAGAAAUCACUGUUCACUUCUGGAAUGGCAGAACAGCUAAAGUGCCUCUAGGUGAGGUCCAGUGGGUGACUCCCGCCAUCUGGAAGAAGGCUGUGGAGAGGCUGCGCAAGCCUUUCACCAGGGAGCACCCCAGUCCCCUCCGCAGGGCCCCUUGCUGCUCUCUGCUGGGGCCGGCCACCGGAUGCAUUGCCAAUGGGCUUCCUCUGGGCACUCCGUCUCUGCAUCCUCCUUGCCACCCCCACACCUGCUGCCAGCUGCUGCACCAGGGCUGCCUCUGCUGCUGCCCCUCGGCUGGCCUCACCUGGUGGCCUCUACACAGGACCUCAGAGGCCACAGCCAGAGAACUUCCAGAGUCAGAGCUGAGGCCCACGGCACAGCUUUUGCCCCUAGAGGGUCCCAAAGAGGAGGAAGUAGCAGUGCCUGCUCCCGUGGCUCUUUCUUUCUCCUCCUCUUCCUCAUCCGCCUCCUCCUCUGAAGAAGAAGAUUUGGAGGAUGAUCUGGAGAUGGGCCUUCCCCAGAGACUGAUGGUGAACAGCGCAAUCAACACAGACCCCAUCCUUCUAGAGACGUCUCCGAGGCAGAGUGGCCUCUGCCGGCCUGAGUGGAGGUAUUGGAGGAGAAACGGGCCUGAGCCACGCCCUGGGAAGCCAGGAACAAGACGUUGCAACAUCCAGAAACAGAAAGACAACAGACAGGAGGGAGUACAAACCGUUGGAGUGGGGACUCCCAAGGAGCUGGCCAUGAAAGCCACCAACAUGAAGCUACCACAGACUCUGCCAGAGGAAGCUGAACACAGAAAAUUGAGUCAGGGUAUUGUGACUCAUCAGAGAGCCAAGAAUUCCCCUUAAAGUCCUGAGGAUCUAGGAAAUUAAAAAAUAACACGAUGGAGUUACAAAGAGUGGCUGCCAAGGCCACCUUCAAUGGAAGGAAGACAGUGCAGGCCACAGGUGAUAGAAGUGUAAGCAGCAUCUUCACCUCAUCAAGAGUCCCUGCAGGUGAGUGCAGGACAGCACCUGUUGUGAGGGGCACAGGAGUGUGGCAGCUCUGCCCCCGGCUCCCUGCCAGGGCCCUGGCGAGACUGCUUGAGGAUGCCUCUUCCACAGAAGAUACAGGGUGUGGUCAGCCUAUUUUGGGCAAACAUGUCCACAGCCUCUCAUGCAUCUUUUCAUAAAGCCUACAGUUGUACAUGAGCAACAUUUUGUUUUAUCCCUUAAUACCAAUAAAAAUGAAUUCUCUUCAUUUCUAAA